AUGUGGCGCAAAAUAAUUUGUCGCAAUAAAUCCAGCAAUAGCAAAAGCAAAUCUCAUGUGAUAUUAAUUUUAAUUUUGAUAGUUUGUUUUGAAAAGCCGAUAAAUUGUUUAACAUCGUUGAAUAAUAAUGGAUUAUUACCUGCUAAUAAUUUCAUUGAAAAAUGUGAACAACGAUGUAAACAUCAGUUCAAACGAAAUCAAAACUUUAAUUAA